ACAUCCCUUAACUUGAUAUCAACACAGCUUUACCUAUCGUAGUAUCGUAGCUACACGAUCAUAUCUGGUAGUCUUUCUUGCUCCAAAACCAAGGUGAAGGUGACCCCGCACGUGAGGACGCGUCCGCAGGUUCUCGGGGUCGUUAGCGCCAUCCCCACUUUCCUAAUUGGCCAACUCACUGAGAGCUGUAUCUUCUUGUUUGCUUCGGUACCUAAGUUCUACUCGACUUUCGGUACAAACAGAGACAUAUCCUUCGGUAUCCUGCGGAUCAGCCUGUCGAGGCGCCGCAGGCCUUCGCGAUGGAUAUCUAUAUUCCAGAGGUUCCCAAGAACGCCAAUAAUGUCCAGUUGAAGAUCUUCUUGAAAGACCUACUCCUCAAACUAGAGGUGCUCGCGUUCGACAUCCAGAAAUAUGGGGGUCACAAUGGAAAGCCUCACUUCGCCAUUCUCACCAUACCGAGCACAGCUAAAGGCAACAAAUUUCUGCAACUUUAUGGCAGUCGAGGACGACGCGUAGCACUUCAAUCAUUGGAGUUUCACGGUCAGCGACUUGUGUUUCAACUGAGUAAUAGGCCUGGUCAACCGGAUCCCCUCAAGGUCAAGUCAUUGCAAGAAAGAGAAGAAGCUGAGAGAUCGAAGCUGGGAAGUCAGGCGUCUACCUUGAAGCUGCAGCGCCCUUCAGGACUAUCGACACUGUCUUUUCGUACGUUGAUGACAGGUGUUUGGGAUUAUGAUCGCCUAGGCAAGCUCGUUUUUGAUCAGAAGUUCAAGGAUAAAAGGAAUGGUUUCAUCACGUUUGGCAAGAGCGCUCUAGUGAUAUAUCUCCAAGCAGGUGUCUCCGAAACCUUCAAUUGGCACUGCAGAAUCGACAUUCCCUACGCGAUCAUAGAGCAUACAAUUCCGUCAGCCGACAAUGGCAGACACGAAACGAUCACAUUCACCCUCAAGUCACCUCCGAAGUUCUACGAGAUCCAGUCUACAGAUGAUCUGCACCUGUAUACUGGCCAGCAAGCAUCGCACGAGCCGACUGACAUUUCUUCCCUGCUAGCGAAGAUGAACAUGAGGCCACAGAAAAAGGUUCUCCGUCUGCAAAGGCUCUGCAAGUUGAGCAAAGCGAACGACAAGAACUCUGCUUUGUGCAUGGUGUACAAAAUUGCUUUUCCUAACCACCAAACCGCAAGGUUCGCUUGGAACUUCGUCAAGGACUUCUCAGUACCGGAAAUACACUGUUGGAAGACCAUGGUUCCCGCAUAUCGGACGAACAGCAUCGAAGCUGAGUAUGUGUUUGUCGAGAACAAACUUCGCGAGGCCUUCGAAUUUAGGGUCCGGUAUCAGCUAUUAGCACUCGUGCUAGAGGGCACAAUUACGCCGCUAAAGAUGUUCGAACUCAUACCUGCCAUGAAAAAUAUCGCGAGACAGCACGGUGAAGAUCUCACUGCAAGCGCAGUUCGUCGCCUAGGGAAUCAGAUACCUACGCCUGCUCCAGGGGUCGAGGCAGCCGAAUUCGAGAUCAAGACUCUUACGGACGUUCUCAGUGAAAGCAUCGCAAAGAGUAAAUUCCACGAAGUAACUUCGCGAGACUUGCGUGUUGAACAUAGCAAGCAACAUCUCGUGUCAACUUACAAGGCUACGGUCACCCCCACAGGUAUCUUGCUGCGUGGCCCUGACUGGGGUACCUCGAAUCGCAUCUUGCGAAAGUAUGCCACCCAUAGCGAAUACUUCAUGCGUGUGUUCUUCGCCGACGAGGACGGGUUGUCGGUAUUUCACGACCCACCAGCGUCACAGGAAACGGUCUACGAACGCUUUAAAGGCGUGCUUCAGGAUGGUAUUCCAGUCGCCGGGCGGACUUUUCACUUUCUCGGCUUUUCCCACGCAUCGCUUCGAACUCACCAAGCUUGGUUCAUGGCUCCUUUCGAGAAGAACGGCAUCACUGUUCACGCAAGAGAUGUCAUUCGCGACUUGGGCGACUUUACACACAUACAUUGUAGCGCUAAAUGUGCGGCUAGAAUUGGGCAAGCAUUUUCUGAUACCAUAUUUUCGGUUCAAGUUCCAUCGACCGCGUUCGCCACCGAAACCAAAGACGACAUUGUGCGCAAUGGUCGGACAUUUAGCGACGGUUGCGGAACGAUAUCCCUUGAACUGAUGCGCAAAGUGUGGAAGGCUUUACCCCCGGAUCGAAGAAGCCUCAGGCCGACCAUACUGCAGAUCCGCUACCGAGGGGCUAAGGGUGUCUUGUCGCUCGACCAAUCUCUUCCAGGCGAGCAGUUGCAUGUUCGAAAGAGCAUGACAAAAUACAUCGCCAAUGAAACUUGGCAAGCUCUCGAGCUGUGCGGAGCUGCCUACAGGCCCUUACAAGUGUUUCUAAAUCAUCAGUUCAUCAAGAUCCUAGAAGAUCUUGGUGUUCCGGCAAGGAAUUUUAAGGCUGUGCAAGACGAAGCAGUCAGUACCCUGAAGCGAAUGACAGAGCAUCCUUUGAAUGCUGCAAGUUUUCUCGAAUAUUCGCACUCUGGCGUAUUCGCCAAGGUCCCCAAGUUGUUCCAGUUGAUGCAUCAGAUUAAUCUGACCUUUCACGAAGAUAAGUUCCUUACCGACAUUGUAGAAGUCACAGCUAUGGCGAAUCUGAGGAGCAUGAAAUAUCGCGCGCGUAUUCCUGUCGAACGAGGCUAUCUUCUCUACGGAAUCAUGGAUGAGACGAACACGUUACGCGAAGGGGAAGUCUAUAUCGCGACGCGAGACUAUGAUCUGAAUGGCGGAUUGAAGACGAAACGUCUUGUCGGUGAUCGCGUAGUGAUUACCAGGGCACCCGCACUCCAUCCAGGAGAUGUCCAGCUUGUUACCGCCGUUGAUGUUCCGGACGGCUCACCCCUCCAUGCGCUCCACAACUGCGUUGUCUUCUCGCAACAAGGUCCACGAGAUCUGCCUUCGCAGCUGAGUGGCGGUGAUCUCGAUGGAGAUCUUUUUCACAUUAUCUUCGAUCCACGACUCAUUCCCGACUUCACCGUACCGCCUGCGGAUUACCCAUCGACACCAGCCAAAGAUCUAGGCCGUCCGGUAGAGGUCAAUGACAUCGUCAACUUCUUCAUAGAAUACAUGAACAUGGAUCGAUUAGGUCAGAUCUCGAACAAGCAUAAAAUUCGCGCUGACAAAGCGCCUGUUGGGACUCAAGAUACAGAGUGUCAACUUCUUGCUAAGCUCGCGUCCGACGCUGUUGACUUUAGCAAGUCCGGAAUUCCUGCCGACAUGGCUUCGAUACCGCGGGGUGCUGACCAUAUUCGUCCGGACUUUAUGGCGCCCGUGUCAAACCUGGUUAUCAACGAAUUGGGUGCAACCGAACUUGAAGAGCUCGAGGGCGAUGAUAUUGACGAUCCUGACAGCGUAAGUGUGCUUGACCCAGACAAAGCACGAAGUCGGUACUAUCGGAGCGACAAGAUCCUCGGAGUUCUGUAUCGCGCCAUCGAUGAGAAGAAGUUCUUCGCACGUCUGAAGGACAAUUUCGAGACGCGUCGUCCCAGGAUUGGUGAGUCUUUGGUGCGAAAGCUCGAGCGGUAUAUCGUCCGAGAAAUUCAGGGUGUGCAAUGGGAACACUAUUGGGAUUUCGCCGAAGAACUCCGCGAAGCAUACGAGGAAAAUCUACUCGAAAUCAUGGAUACGCUUCGACCGACUCGCGGCCAGCCUCUCACCGAGCUGGAGGUGUUCAGUGGUAACAUCCUGGGUAAGAAAGAGCGCGCGCCAUCACGCUACAUCCGCGAAGCCAACCAGGAGGUUCAAGAGCGCUUCAAUCGUGACGUUAACAGUAUAAUCAAGAGUAUCGUAAAGGGUGACACAGAUGGGGACGAUGAUGCUGAUUCGGAAGCGCUGCCGCGCUCAGUUGCAUGCUUUAUGGUAGCGCUAGAGACCGUUGGCUGGGAGAAUUACAGGAACUUGAAGAGCUGGAAGUAUGUCGCUGCUGCGGUGUGUCUGGAACAGUUGGAGAGGUACAACGGGCACUUGCGGCCACUUUGAGCAGUGGCGCUACGUCUUGCAUUGGCUUUCCAUGGAGGAUGUGUAUGAUAUUCCCGAUUUCACGAAGAUGCCUGGGGUAGAACAGGAUACGCUUUGACAUAGGGUAGCUAAAUGAAUUUUACGAAUCUU